CAAAAGAGUGAGAGAGUGAGAUGCUUAUCAGUGGCAAGGAGGAGUCUGUUUGUCAUUCCUUCACUUGCUUCAGUCACUUGUAACUCGUGUUGUCACAGCUUGGACAGAAUGCAACAGACGACGUACACCACCUGGGGCACUCACGAUAGCCACUGCCAACUAAAGUUAGUUGACUUUAAGGCUAAUGAAAACCACAUUUCCCAUGAGACACAGGGGCUCAGCAAUCAGCACCUGGUGGUGCGACGUGGGAAGCCUUUCAAAGUGACCCUGCUGUUUCGCAACCGGUCGUUGAACCCUCGCACCGAGAGGCUGGUGCUGGAGGUUUCGCUGGGCCACCUAUUUGAGAGCUUCCCUGUCCAGUUCUCUGACGAGCGAUUCGACCCACAAAGCUGGUCAGCCAAAAUCUACCCAGGUGACAUACAUCCUCAGUCGGUCACCAUCCACAUCUGCUCCCCUGUUCUAUCCGCAGUGGCACUGUAUAACCUUGUGGUCCACAUAGAGACCAUACAGAACAGAAGGAGCUAUGCAGUGGGAUCAUUUGUGCUGCUCUGCAACCCUUGGCUAAAAGAUGAUCCAGUGUACAUGCCACUGGAUGCCCAGAUUGAGGAGUAUGUCAAGAGUGAUUACGGGGUGGUUUUCAUGGGCACCCAUCUAAAUGUGAGAAAGCGGCCCUGGUCCUUUGGUCAGUAUGAGCCUGGGGUCUUAGAGGCAUGUCUGACGCUCCUACAGGUCAGCCCACAGCACCUCAGGAACAAAGACAAUGACUUCAGUCUUCGGGCAGACCCUGUUUACCUCAGCAGGGUGAUCUGUGCUAUGGUAAACUGUAAUGACGACCUGGGUAUCUUGGAGGGGAAGUGGCAGGGCAGCUACAGAGAUGGUUUCGAGCCUACCGAGUGGAGCGGUAGCGCCGACAUCCUUCACCAAUGGGUGUCGUCUAACUACAGCCCCGUGCGCUAUGGACAGUGCUGGGUCUUUGCAUCUGUCCUCUGCACAGUGAUGAGAGUGCUGGGAAUUCCCUCCAGGGUGGUGACAGUUUUUAAUGCAGCCCAUGAUGGAGAUGGCAACCUAAACAUUGAAGAAUGUUACUCCAGCACAGGGGAAAAGCUCAACUUCAACAAUAAGGACAGCAUUUGGAACUUCCAUGUGUGGGUGGAGUGCUGGAUGAGGAGACCAGACCUCGGUGCAGGGUUUGAUGGCUGGCAAGUAGUGGACCCGACCCCCCAGGAGACAAGUGGAGGGAUAUUCUGCUGUGGCCCUUGCCCAGUAGCUGCCAUACAGCAACAUUGCCUCCGCGCCCCUUACGACACUUCGUUCGUCUAUGCCUCGGUUGAUGCUAACGUCGUACGGAUGAUUGUGCGCAAUGGACUGGUGGUGGAGAGGAAGGUGGACACUGAGUGCGUGGGAAAGCUGAUCUACACGAAGAGCAUUGGCUCAGACAGUCCAGAGAAUCUGACGCAGACUUAUAAGAACAAGAAAACUGAGGUCACUUGUGCAGAUUCUCCUUUGCAGUCCACUGUGUUGGUAAAUGGAAAAGUCAGGUACACUGGGUAUACUACUCCUCUGUCCAGACAUGUGGUUGGUGACGCACGAGGAAUGUCACCCGGUUUGGAGGUCUCCCUAAGGAUAGAUGGGGUGCUAUUAGUGGGGGAGAGCAUCGUCAUGUGCGUGACGGUCAAAAACCAGUCAAGCAGCCCCAGGGUCCUGAUGGAACACCUCAAUGCUCAGCUAAAGGAGUACAACAGCCACCCACAGGACAGCUUCUGGAAAACACACAACAAAGUGCACAUGAAGCCGGGUGAAGUUCUGCUGCUCCACCACACCAUUCUCCCCUCUGAGUACGAGUCGGUCCUGGCAGCGGAUGACAUUGUGAACAUGGCAGUGGUGAUAAAGGACGUGAGGACUGAAGAAAGAGCCCUGGCCAUGCAGGAGUUCAACUUGAGAUCCCUAAAUAUAACCAUAGAGAUCAAAGGAGGGGACAGAAUCCAGAUAAAGAGAGAGCACAAAGCCCAAGUGUCCUUUAUCAACAAACUUUCCAAAACUCUGAAUGGAGUUGUGCUGACUGUAGAGGGAUCUGGCUUGUUACAGGGCAAACAGGAAGCCAGAAUGAUUUCUCUGCAGCCAGAGGAGAAGAUAGAGAAGAUGGUGUCCAUCAUGGCAACUUCACCUGGCACUAAACUGCUGAUGGCCACUUUAUCACACAGCCACAGCGCAAAUAUGGUUUCCAAGAGCUUCCACAAAGUCUCUGUUAUUACUGCAUGACAGUAAAGAGUCUGUCCACCCAAGAAGACAACAAAAAAUGAAAUCCUUUGCACUGUGACAUGCAGGAAAUACGCUUUUUCAUUCUUUCAAUGUUGUAUUUUGGUAUU